AUGUACAGAAGUGGGAAUCAGUCAGACCGGUCCGCCGUCUGCCUCCGCCGGGGUUGGAGCCCUGCGAGCCCCGGCAGCCUGAAUGCGUAUCCGGAGAGCGACCUAAACAUGUCAAGCCGUCGAAAAUCAACUACACCCUGCAUGGUGCUGCUGACAGAUGUAGAACAGGAGAAGGUGAGGCAGAGAACUGUGGAGCCCCAGGACCACCAGUCUGAGAUGGGCCUAAAUGAGCCUCAAAAAGAAGUUCCAGUGGCUCAGGACUUGGACCAGACUGUGGUAGCUGCACACACUCCUUCAGAUACAGAUGAUCCAACUAUUGCUGCUAUGGAGGACAUUGAUGUCAAUAGUCCUUCGGUGAAGCAAAGCACUACAAACCUUUCAGAAGAUCCCAGCAGCGACCAAGCAAAUGCAGAACAGAGUGACACCCUCGAUGAGAGCAUUGCAGACCCCACAAGUGUCAAUGCCAUCUCCCUCAGCAAGACUCCAAUUAUGAGGCUGAAGACAAAAUCUGAGCCAAAGAAGAUCGCUGUGUCCCUCAAAUCAACAGAGGAAGCAGUGGAUGGCUUUGGAGGAGGCAGUGAAGGGGAUGUCGGGGGAGAGCAGGAGCCCAUCGAAGCACCCUUGGGACCUAUGACACCAGUGGACAUGUUACUGCAUGACUCUAUUAAGCUGGGAGGAGGGGGUUUACUCCUCAGCCCUCCUCUGGAACAGCAGAGGAAACCCUCACUUCUAAAUCCUACUGUCAUUCCAUCUGGUUUUGCCCAAGUUCUUUCUGCUUUUCAGGCCCAGCAGAGCACUUCCACAGCAGUCCAGCCUCAACUCCUUAUUCCUCUUAGUAGCAUCCCCUCCUACAGUGCAGCCAUGGAUACCAACCCGCUUCUGUGCAGCACUUAUAAGAAGUUUCCUUAUCCCUCUAUGAGUGAGAUCAGCAGCCUUGCAUCACAAACCCAGUUCACAGAGGAGCAAAUCAAGGUAUGGUUCUCAGCUCAGCGUCUGAAGCAUGGUGUUAGCUGGACCCCAGAAGAGGUGGAAGAGGCUCGUAGAAAACAGUUUAAUGGCACUGUGCACACAGUACCACAAACCAUCACUGUCAUCCCAGCCCACCAGCUUUCCGCUGCUGCUAAUGGUCUGCAGUCCAUUCUCCAGACCUGUCAGAUCGUGGGCCAGUCUGGCCUUGUUUUCACCCAGGUUGGCCCAGGAGGAAACGUUCCUGUGACCAGCCCCAUCACAUUGACAGUGGCAGGACUUCCCAGUCAAUCCCAAAGUUGCAGCAGAGUGUCGUCCCAAUCCAGCUCUUCCACCAGUGAACUGAAACGAGCCACAACUAUCCAGCCCCCAUCCCUCUCUCCACAGGAGAACUCAUUACUUUGUGACACUUUUGGAAUGCGGCCUAAGAAGUCCAAAGAACAGCUUGCAGAAUUAAAAGCAAGCUACCUAAAAAACCACUUUGUUACUGAUGCAGAAAUUGCACGCUUGAUGACGCUAACAAACUUGACUAAAGGUGAAAUCAAGAAGUGGUUCAGUGACACCAGAUACAACCAGCGCAACUCCAAGAACAGCCAUAUAAUUAUGGUUCAGGAUAGCACUCGAGGUGGGAGUAGUGCUAAUGCUACCAUCAUCAUUGACACAAGUGAUGAGACCCCCUGCUCGCCUAAUUCUUCCCAUACCCCCACUUUAAAGGAGAAGGAAACUCGUUCAAAGUCCUGGAAUACAUUUCCUGAUUUUACACUUCAGAAGUUCAAGGAGAAGACACCAGAGCAGCUGGUGGUUUUGGAGGAGAGUUUUGAGAUGAGUAGUUCUCCCUCUGAUGAGGAGCUGAGCCGUUUGAGGACAGAGACCAAACUAACACGACGUGAAAUAGAUGCCUGGUUCACAGAGAGACGGAAAUUCCCAUCUGCCAAUGCCUCCUCUCCAGACUCUGAAGAGGGAAAGAUGGAGAUGGACUCCACAAAAACAGUGGAAGGGGAGGAAACUGGUGAUACGGCUUCUGUAAAGGGGAACCAAACUCCCCCUGAAAGUAAGGAGUUGCCAUCCACAAGCUGUGGCAGCAAAGAUGUGAAAGAUAAAGGUAAAAAGUCACCAGAACAGCUGCACAUGUUGAAGUGUGCCUUUGUGAAAAACCAAUGGCCAACAGCCGAGGAGUAUGCCCAGCUGGCAGAGGAGAGUGGCCUCACUCGUGCAGACAUUGUCAGCUGGUUUGGAGACUCCCGCUACUCCUGGAAGAAUGGGAACCUCAAGUGGUUCUUUCAGUACCAAAGUGGCAAUGUUGAGGUGUCAAACAUCGGAGCAGGAAAGACAGGAGGUGGACGAAAGAGACGUGGCAGGAAUCGGGGCUGGGGUCGUUCAAAGACACGAAGGCAGACGAGAAGAUCAACCUCUUACAGUGCAGAUGCGGAUGUGUCUCCACCAAAGAAAUUUAAGAGUGGUAGAGAUAUUCUUAAAGAUUACUACCUAAAACACCAGUUUCUCAAUGAGCAAGACCUCGAUGAGCUUGUCACUAAGAGCAACAUGAGCUAUGAACAGGUGAGAGACUGGUUUGCUGAAGUCCAGAGACGUCUAGACAUGGGACUAGACCCUUUCCAAGAGUCACCCGUCCGAAGGCCUCACAGAGAGGGAGAAGAUGCCCAGGUCUCAUUGGGACAACAGGGAGGUCUCAGGAUGGGAGAGGAUGAAGAGGAUGAAGAUGAGGAGGAUGGAGAGGAUUCAGAUGACAGUGAGGUUUGGGAACCUUCACGGAGCGUGAAAAAAUCUCUGUCUGUUUCUGAGGAUUGA